UACUAACUCAAAGUUCACGGACCUAAAAUAAGAUUUUCAAAGUUUACGGACCUAAAAUGAUACUUUGGCAAAGUUCAUGGACCUAAAAUGAUGUUCCCUCUUUUCCUUUUUUGUAAUUUUUUUCACAAUAUGUCACCCUAAUACAUUAACAUAUCACUUUGCAACGAGACUAUUUUAACUGCGUAUCGUUGUGCGAAUUGAAUUGAUGCAUUCCUUCCGUCUUUGAAAAUUUAUCACAUAUUUUCAUUUUCGUACUUCCCAUAAAAUUUGUCACAUUUUACUUUUUAACAAUUUUUGCUAAUAGGCCUUACGUUCCAAUAACUCUUUCUCUAUCAAAAAUUUUUAUAAAAUUAAUAAUUAUAAGUAAGACUCACAUUCCACUAGCUUUUCAAUUCACUUUACAUUAAAUCUUUUAAUAUCUUAUUAAAACAUGUGUUUGGUCAAAAUGUAACAAAAUUUAAAGGAAUGACGUAGGGAUUAGUAAAACAUGAAAUAAAAUAUAUUCUAAACAUUCAUUGUAAUCACACUAGAUUAGAGUCUAAUUCAUGAAUGGGCUGAAAUUAGCACACUAAUAAUUUACUACACAACAGUUACAAAUGCUGCGAAACUUAUACCUCUAGGGUCCGUUUGGUUAUCAUGACGGGUUGUUAAUAUAUUUGGGCCCAAAUGUGGUUUAUAAUCAUGAUCUGCACUUGAGUCUUGAUAAUCCAGUUGUUUGGUUCACCUAUUCAAUCAUGAAUAACAAUCCCAUCCCAUUGUUUGGUUAACUUUGAGCAUGUAGAUAUUGGUCUUGUGCUGACCCUUUUGCCCCUAAGAUUUUCCACUUAUUUUGGGAUUACAUCGCCUCCCUUUGGGUUGUCCUCAUUCGCGGUUGAUUUCCUCCUGAGAGUAACUUUCCACACGACGGCGGCAGCUUAAGGUCGUCGACGGUUUCGAGAUUUCAGCUUCCCAGCAAUGUCUGAGGCACGGACUAAUGCACCUAGUGCCGGUGGCAGCCAAUGCACCCAAGGCCGCAGUCAGUAUCGCCGCUCAAGCUUCCGCCCGUGCGACCGCCCUCGCAGAUCUUGGUCUGACCGUGAAGAGCUGAUACUAAUCUCCGCUUUGAAGGAACUUGUUGCCACAGGAUGGAAGUCAGACAAUGGCUUCCGAGGUGGAUAUGCACAAAAGAUAGAGGAAUGGUUGAAAAAUGAGUUCCCAACUACUGAUUUGAAGGCAACGCCACACAUUCAAUCCAAGAUUACUACAUGGAAAAGGAACUACUACUCGCUGUCCAAAAUACUCGACCGUAGUGGGGUUGGCUUCAACGUACACAAUGAUUUCAAAAUUGAUUGCUCGGAUGACCAAUGGGAUCAAAUCGUGAGGCAAGAUCCCAAUGCCCGCACCAUGCGCCACAAAGCUUGGCCUCUCUGGGAUGAUUGGAAGAUGAUAUUUGGGAACGAUAGGGCCACUGGAGGGACUGCUGAGGGUAUUGGCGAGGCAGUGGCUAACAAUACCACGGAUGAGGCAUUUACAUCUAUCGGGGAAAGUGCUGAUUACUACCCAAGCUUUGAAGACUUUCUAGGGUCUGAUCAAGUCCAACCCGGCUACACAAAUGAAGUUGUUGAUGACAACAGCGCUCAAAGUGGGCAGAACGUGGCUGCAAACACUAAUGCGCCUCCUGCUCCUGCUCCAAAAAAAAUGACUCGUAAACGCAAGAGCUGUGAUGAUGAUUCUGCUUUGCUCAACCUCCUUAGCAACUUGCAUGCUGAAACGAAUGCACGUUUGGAUAAGUUGACCGCUCGUAUUGGUUAUGAGAUCGACUUGGGCCAAGCUAGGAAAGAGAUCUUCCGUCAUUUGGGAAACAUCCCGGAGCUGACAGAGUCUCAGCGCUACGACCUCUGCGACAUCAUCGGUAAGGAGAACUCGAGGCUGGAAAUCUUCACCGGCCUCCCUGACGCCUCAAAGCCGGGAUAUGUGAGGCGCAUCAUUGAGAAAGAAGGUCUUAAUUAGGAGUCGCUUCAUGCAAUGGGUGGAACGUACAUUUGCCGGUUGAUUUGGGUAAUCAAAAACUAUGUUCUUUUGGACCUAAUUAAGCUAGUUUUUAUAUAUUAUCUACUAUGAAGACAUUUCUGUAAUUUAAACGUCAGUUGGUGGUUUUUGGCGUAGCUUUUUUGUAGCUGACCUUUUUUGGCAUGUCAAGAACUAUGUUAUAUUAUCUAUUGGAUGAAGUGAAAUGUUGUGUGCUUAAUUCUUAA